GUGAUUUUUGUUGUUGCUGAAAGUAAAUAUUUAAAAAUGUUGGUGUGGAAGUAUAAAUAAAUGGUUGCUUCUCUAUGUAUAUAUAUAAUUUGGCCAUUAAAAGAAGCAACUAAAAUUUAGUUACUAAAUCAAUAUGAUUAAUAAAUUUGCGCUCAUACGCAAUGAGUGUCAACAAAAUAUAUAUGUUAUAUUAUUAAUAUCAGCCAUUGUAUUAAGUGGUCUGUCUGUGUAUAAUGUUAUCUACAAAUCUCAGCGUUUAAAAAGUGAUUUGAGAAACUUUAACCGGAUAUCAUUGGAUUUUAACGACAUCACAGAGGUGAGAUUGCCCGAAAGCGCUGAUAGAUCAAAGGUGCGUCGCUCAAAUUGUUCGAUAUGGACUUGUGUGGACCCAUAUCGAUGUGGGCACGAUCGGAUUAGCAUUUAUGUUUACCCCUUAGUGGAGUACGCUGAUGCGAGUUCUGGUGUGGAAGCCGCCCCGUUAACGCAGGAAUUUUACCAAAUAUUGCGUACCAUAGUCAAGAGUCCAUAUUACACCUCAAACCCUAAUCAGGCAUGCCUGUUUGUACCGAGUAUCGAUUUGAUAAAUCAAAAUAGUGUAAACAUUGAUUUGGUAAAUAGGGCACUGGCUUCGUUAGAAUACUGGAAUGAUGGCCAAAAUCACGUGUUGUUCAAUAUGCUAGCUGGAUCUUAUCCCACGUUCAACACUGUUAUUGAUGUAAACACGGACAAUGCUAUGGUUGUGGGAGCUGGUUUUGAUUCAUGGUCGUAUAGACGAGGCUUUGAUGUUUCUAUUCCAGUCUGGAGUCCGUUGUUGCGAAAUCACCCAACUGCUCGAAGUACACCAUCAGGGGAAUAUUCAUUAGUGGUAACGCAACUUAAUAUUUUACCAAAACUAUUGUGGACAAUACGAAGUGUAUUGGAUGAGUAUCCAACUGACAUUUUAUUGCUGCAACAGUGCGGUGAUAAAGCAAUCCGUACUGAACGUUGUUUAGCGGGUAGUAAUGAGAAUAAAUUCGAAUAUCCUGAAGUUUUAUCAAAAGGUACAUUCUGUUUAUUGGGGGUUGGCGUAAGACUAGGACAACCGGACCUAUUGGAAAUGUUGGCUUUUAACUGUAUUCCAAUAAUUGUAGUUGACAGCUACAUUUUACCAUUUGAAGACGUGAUUGAUUGGUCGUUGGCAUCCAUAAGGAUACGCGAACCAGAUUUACACCUGAUAAUGGAAAGAAUUAAGCGUUUAUCGUUGGACAAAAUCGAAGAGAUGAAGCGUCAGGGACGUCUACUGUACAACAACUACUUUAACGGAAUUCGAGCUCUGACACUAACAACAUUAGAAUACUUGCAAUCCCGAAUGUUUCCGCACAAUGAACGAAAUAGAAAGCAUUGGAACUUUGUGGAUAGCUCGAAUGGAGUUGCACUAAAUCCACUAUUUUUGUCGCGUGUUGUAAGUCGUUCAGAUGGAUUUACCGCUGUUAUUUUGACGUAUGAUCGUGUAGAAAGUCUUUUCAUAUUGAUAGAAAAGUUGUCUUUAGUACCUUCAUUGCAUGCGAUACUUGUCAUCUGGAAUAAUCAACAAAAAUCGCCGCCAUUACUAUCAAGUUUCCCAGCCAUUUCUAGACCAAUAAAGAUUAUACAAACCCGUAAUAACAGACUUUCAAAUCGUUUUUUCCCAUACAAGGAUAUAGAAACGGAAGCGAUAUUGACAAUUGAUGAUGACAUUAACAUGUUAACAGACGAUGAAGUAGAAUUUGGCUACGAAGUGUGGCGUGAAUUUCCUGAUAGAAUUGUGGGCUUUCCUAGUCGAUUGCAUGUAUGGGAAAAUUUAACUUCUCAUUGGCGUUAUGAGUCCGAAUGGACAAAUCAAAUUUCUAUGGUACUAACAGGUGCAGCAUUUCACCACAAAUAUUGGAGUCAUAUGUAUACACAUCGCAUGCCAGAUGUUAUAAGGGAGAUUGUAGAUAGUCGCAUGAACUGUGAGGAUAUUGCAAUGAAUUUCUUGGUAUCUAAUGUCACCAAUAAGCCACCAAUAAAAGUAACGCCUCGAAAAAAAUUUAAAUGCCCCGAAUGCGCUAAUAAUGAAAUGUUAUCUGCCGAUUUAAAUCAUAUGCGCGAACGGUCAAGAUGUAUUGAUGAAUUCUCACAUAUCUAUGGUCGAAUGCCACUACGUACUGUAGAAUUUAGAGCGGAUCCUGUCUUAUUUAAAGACAAUUUCCCAGAAAAGUUAAAAAGAUUCAGUGAUAUGGGUACCCUAUAAAGGGUAUCAUUAUACAUAAUAAAUACAUAUGUAUAAAUAACUUAAAUUUAAGUGAUUGAUAAAUACAAAUACAUAUAAACGAAUGCAUUCAAAGCACUCACGCUUUUGAACCCAGUAUAAAAAAUAUUAAAAACAAUGAAAUUCAUUAUAAAAUAUACUUUUAAGUUACCUUAAGUGAAACAUUUUGAGUUUGAGGCUUCAAAUGUUAGAAAAAGUUCAAGAAUCAUAAAAAAUACACUUCUUUGUAAUAAAAUAACGUAGCUACAUAUUUAUAUUUAGUACAUUCUUAAGUUUAAGUUUUAUCUGUUACUCUGAAUGCUUAGCAUAAAAUAUUAUUUGCCAACUUCACUAAACACUCAAAUGCUAUGUUUAAUAGUUUUCUAUUUCAUUUGCAUUCCCAAUUAAGGUUUAUUUUAUGUUUCUUAUAUUUCUAUUGUAAAAAUAUAUAUGGCCCAAGGGUUCGAUUAUUUAAAUAAAGAAUGACAUAUUAAUGUAUGCGAUAGUUAA